AUGUGGGUCUUCGCAACCACACACCUGCUUCACUCUCUCUCAGUACUCUCAUCAACACACCACCUGCUUCACUCUCUCAGUACUAUCAUCAACACACCACCUGCUUCACUCUCUCAGUACUCUCAUCAACACAUCACCUGCUUCACUCUCUCAGUACUCUCAUCAACACACCACCUGCUUCACUCUCUCAGUACUAUCAUCAACACAUCACCUGCUUCACUCUCUCAGUACUCUCAUCAACACACCACCUGCUUCACUCUCUCAGUAUCAUCAACACAUCACCUGCUUCACUCUCUCAGUACUAUCAUCAACACAUCACCUGCUUCACUCUCUCAGUACUAUCAUCAACACACCACCUGCUUCACUCUCUCAGUACUCUCAUCAACACAUCACCUGCUUCACUCUCUCAGUACUCUCAUCAACACAUCACCUGCUUCACUCUCUCAUCAUCAACACACCACCUGCUUCACUCUCUCAGUACUCUCAUCAACACAUCACCUGCUUCACUCUCUCAGUACUAUCAUCACACCACCUGCUUCACUCUCUCAGUACUAUCAUCACACCACCUGCUUCACUCUCUCAGUACUCUCAUCAACACAUCACCUGCUUCACUCUCUCAGCACUAUCAUCACACCACCUGCUUCACUCUCUCAGUACUCUCAUCAACACAUCACCUGCUUCACUCUCUCAGCACUAUCAUCACACCACCUGCUUCACUCUCUCAGUACUCUCAUCAACACAUCACCUGCUUCACUCUCUCAGUCCUCUCAUCAACACACCACCUGCUUCACUCUCUCAGUACUAUCAACACACCACCUGCUUCACUCUCUCAGUGCUAUCAUCAACACACCACCUGCUUCACUCUCUCAGUACUCUCAUCAACACACCGCCUGCUUCACUCUCUCUCAGUACUCUCAUCAACACACCACCUGCUUCACUCGCUCUCAGUACUAUCAUCAACACACCACCUGCUUCACUCUCUCAGCACUAUCAUCAACACACCACCUGCUUCACUCUCUCAGUACUCUCAACACACCACCUCCUUCACUCUAUCAACAACUAUAGAUUUUUGGGCUCAUGCAUUAUUUCCAAGCUGCUGAAAUAAAUAUACUAAAAUAUAUAUUUUUCAUAUCUUAAAAAAAAUACAAACUGUUUUAGUGUGGGGGAAAAUAACCAGGUUCUAUUUUGUAUUAGUGUAUUUAAUAUCAGACAUUACUGUAGUGUGAUUGUGUACAGGGAUCCACCCUCCCUUAUCUGAUUUUACAUUUGAAAUAUUGAGGACUCUUGCUGCUGAUUGGGUCUGAGAAGGAAAGCGGGCUGGCCCAGGGCUGUUGCUAUGGGGAUUGUCCCAGCAACCACUAGCCGUAGUGGAAACGGAACAAAAUGGAGGGUGGUUGGGAAGGAGCGGGCGGCGCUGCGUUCUGGUUUCAACUUUAAAAACAUGAGCGCAGGUGCUUCAUGACAAACCUUACUAGCAUGUUUGGCUGUAUCAUGUUUCUUUGGCACUGUAUUUUAAAUGACCGUUUUAAUUUAUUAAAAAAUACCGAAACAUUCUCAAA